AACCAAUAUGUAACCCCAUCCCCUCUCUUUAUAUCUCCAAUUUCCAACUCCAAAUUUAUUAUUACUGCUCAUAUUUAAAAUCUUUAGCCAGCUUAAAAUCACUAGCCUCAAUAUCUUGAAUGAAGCUAGUAUAUUCUCCUCUCACUCUCUCAAGGUCCUGUUGAGUUUCAGAUAAAAAGAGGGAUUUUAAAGAAGGUUUUCAUUUGGUUGGUUUAGGUUGAAAUGGGUGUUUGCUUCAGUUCUCGAAUCAAAGCUGAGAGCCCUUAUCACACAGGGGUGAAUUCAAGAAGAGUUAGCUCUGAUGGAAAUGGAAUAAACAGUUCAAGCACCAAGUUCUCAUCAUCAGUGCCACCAACACCGAGGAGUGAGGAUGAAAUUUUACAGUCUUCUAAUUUAAAGAGCUUCAGUUUCGCAGAUCUUAAAACUUCCACCAGGAACUUUCGGCCUGAUAGUGUGCUUGGAGAAGGAGGCUUUGGUGCAGUUUUUAAGGGCUGGAUUGAUGAGCAAUCGCUUUUGGCUGCAAAACCUGGGACUGGCUUGGUUAUUGCUGUAAAGAGGCUUAAUCAAGAAAGUUUUCAGGGGCACAAGGAGUGGCUGGCAGAAGUGAAUUAUUUGGGACAGCUUCAUCAUCCUCACCUAGUGAAAUUGAUUGGAUAUUGCUUGGAGGAUGAACACCGUCUUUUGGUGUAUGAGUUCAUGCCCCGAGGCAGCUUAGAAAAUCAUUUGUUCAGGAGAGGCUCAUACUUCCAACCUCUAUCUUGGAAUCUUCGUAUGAAGGUUGCUCUUGGUGCUGCAAAGGGGCUUGCUUUUCUUCACAGUGCAAAAACAAAAGUAAUAUAUCGGGACUUCAAAACUGCUAAUAUAUUACUUGAUUCGGACUACAAUGCAAAACUUUCUGACUUUGGAUUGGCCAAGGAUGGCCCAAUAGGUGACGAAAGCCAUGUCUCUACCAGGGUGAUGGGAACUUAUGGAUAUGCAGCCCCUGAAUAUUUGGCCACUGGUCAUUUGACUGCUAGAAGCGAUGUAUAUAGUUUUGGUGUGGUACUGCUUGAGAUGAUAUCUGGCCGACGGGCUAUUGACAAGAAUAGGCCAUCAGGAGAGCACAAUCUAGUGGAGUGGGCUAAGCCUUACCUUGUCAACAAACGUAAAGUUUUCCGCAUUGUUGACAAUCGUCUCCAGGGUCAAUACACCUUAGAUGUAGCCCACAAGGCGGCCAACAUCGCCCUAAGAUGCAUAUCAACAGACCCAAAGUUCAGGCCGCAUAUGGAUGAGGUGGUAAAAGAGUUGGAGCAGCUUCAGAAUUCAAAGACAACCGGAAACACUCAAAGAAAUCCAAAUAGCCAGCAGAGGUAUCGUAGACGAAGUACUGGUGAUGCUACAGAUGCAAAAGCCGUCCCUUAUCCCAGGCCAUCAGCUUCUCCCCUCUAGAGCAAGUACUUUAAUUACUUAAUUACCCUCAUGUUUUACUUAAUAAACAUAUUGUAAUCGACAAUUUUCUCAGGAAUGUGAAAAUUUACAUGUAUUUUAUAUCCA